UAUAACCAUUAAUUGCUCUCUUAAAAGUAAUAGAAUUUAUAUAUCUCGAAAAAAGAAGAGAGACAAAGAAAUGGUUCCAUGGAAUUCAUUUCCAUUACAAGUCAUCUACCAAGUUCUUGGUUGGUUAGCUUUUCUUUCAUGGUCAAUAGCUGGCUACCCUCAAAUCAUCUUGAAUUUUCGUAGAAAAAGUGUUGUGGGGUUAAGCUUAGAUUAUACAAUAUUGAACUUCACAAAACAUUGGUCAUAUCUCAUAUACAACGUUUCUCUCUUCUUUAGCCCUCUUAUUCAAAGGCAAUACUUUGAGAAGUAUGGCUAUGGACAGAUGAUUCCUGUAGCUGCUAAUGAUGUUGCUUUCUCCACUCAUGCAGUUAUAAUCAAUUUAAUUGUUUUGUAUCAAUUUGCAACCUAUGGACAUGGAAAUCAGAAGCUAUCAAAAUAUGUGAUUGCAAUAGUUGGUGUUGUGUGGCUCAUUGCUGCUGUUUGUUUUUUCAUAGCAUUACCUAAUCACUCUUGGCUUUGGCUAAUCUCCAUCUUCAACUUAAUUCAAGUAUCUAUGACUCUCAUCAAAUAUUGUCCCCAGGCAUUCAUGAACUUCUUGAGAAAGAGCACAGAUGGAUUUAGCAUUGGUAGUGUUCUCCUUGAUUUUUCUGGAGGAGUCUUUAAUUAUUCACAAAUGGCCAUGCAAUCUAUAGAUCAAGGUUCUUGGGUGAAUUUCUAUGGAAACAUUGGAAAAGUACUUAUAUCCUUGGUCACUAUAUUCUAUGAUUCUGUUUUAAUGUGUCAACAUUAUGUGCUAUAUCCUCACAAGAAAGUGCUUAAUUCUGAAAAUACUGAAGAAAUCCAGAAACCACUGAUCAGCUCAAGUCCAUUGGAUCAACAAAAUCAUAGUUUAGUAUAAAUCUUAUCAUCCUCUAUUAGAAGUUGGAGGUUCUUUGGGCAUGUAGUGUACAAAACACAAAUCAAUCAACAUGUGUGAAUACCAUUAUCAAAUAAAACCAUUGUUUAUAUAUUAUUUUAA